AUGCUAACGUUAAGAUCUUCUUCUCGUUGAGUGACAUAAUGUAUCGGAAUUUCGUUGUUGGUUUGUUGCUUGCUGUGGCUGUUACUAAUGCCGUGCUUGAGAUAGAUUAUGGAAAAGAAGCAGAGAACUUGAAACAAGUAUUCUGUAAUAAAACCAUGGAGCCAAUGAAGAAUGUAUUUUUUGACUGCAUGUAUCUUCUGCAAGUAAUUGAAUAUGAAAACAUAUUGCUGAAAUGCAACCCAGGAUUGGAGAAACUUGAAAACAAUACACUCUCAAAUUACAUGUGUGCAGCAAACAAAGAAGCGCUGAAAAAUUCUCUGCAAUGCGAAGACAAAGAAAUUGAAGCCUCCAAAUACAGGGAGAAGAUUGAUCUUCAGGUCAAGCUUACAACGGCUUGCAUAGCGGAAGGAGAAAGAAACAUCACGACAACGAAAGCACCCAGCAGGAAAAAUUAAACUUUUUUGACUCAGUACAUUGACACAUGAGUUAAAAUGUUUUAAUUAGUAUUUUGUACUACAUUGUAAAGAUAUAUAUGCAAAA